AUGGAUGAUAUGAAGAAUACAAAGCUAAUUAAGGACAAACUAGGAGGCAGUACGGUGGUAGCCGAGGGUGUAAUAGGCGGCAUAGGGGGCCCAGGCGGCGGGUGCCGCGCAUCAUCGAUGACUAUGGCCGAGAGUGUGGUGGAGGACACCGCGGCCGCGCCCCCGGGUCCGGCAAAACCCCCGCCACCCUCUUGUACAAACAACAACACACUCGCAGCGACCGCGAAUCGCAACCACCGCGUGUUCCGCAAGCGGAAAUGUUUGAACCAAGUCUUGGACGCAUUACAAGCGCACAAGGGAACGCCCUCGAUAGAGGGUGAAUCCGAAACCCGUCUCGAGUCAACGACAUCCCUCGAAGAGGACGAAGACAUCUUCGGUUCGCCGCGGUCGUCAUCGCGGGCCUCCACUGAAAACAACAUCCCCAUUACGACUGACAAACGUCUGAAAGUUGAACCCAUGGAGUCACAGACAGACGAAGAGGCAUCUGCUGCAAGUCAACAGUAUCUUCAUGGUCUGCAACGGCAGCAUCAUCAUCCCCAUCACCAACAGCAUCAACAUCAGCAUCAGCAUCAUCAUAAUCAUAAUCAACAGCAACAAUACUCAUACCGUACUCCAACAUUAACGUAUCGUGGAUGCGGUUGUAUAAAUUGUGCCUCACCAAAUAUAGUUUUACCAUCACCAACUUCACCACAAGCACCUUUGACUCCUCUAACACCCGUAUCUAGUAAUACGACAACCCUAACGCCAUUAACACCCGUAUCGCCCUCAUCCUACACCUUCGAGCACUAUUUACACACAAAGUACCUGCCAAUAGACAGCGAUCGUAAGCGUAGUCAUUCAGACUCCGAUGUACCUGGUUGGAAUGACCAAAAACCCAUAAUGGUUUGGCCAAACUCAUCUUCAACACAACACUGUGGGCCUUUACCACGCAGUGGAUCUUCCGAAAGUGAUACAAGUCCCCAAGAAUAUCCACUAGACUUAUCAAUGAAAAAUAUCCCGGACAUCCGACCAUCGGCACUACAGUUAUUGCCCUCAGGUCUGGGUACACGUGGAUCCUUGACCUUCCCAGUGAUACGCGGGGACGUCGCGUCUCCGACGACUAAAGAGAGUGUGGCAUUUAGGUUUAACAUGGAGGUAUCACCAGUAGUUGAAGAAAUGCCUCCAGGCACUGAUUUGGCGUACGUUUGUCCAGCGUGCGGACAGAUGUUUAGUCUCCAUGAUAGACUGGCUAAACACAUGGCUUCUAGACACAAGAGACAGGGCGCUAAGGAUGCAACAGCGAAAGCAUACUCAUGUGAUGUAUGCAACAGGAGUUUUGCUAGAUCGGACAUGCUCACAAGGCACAUGAGGCUGCAUACGGGUGUGAAGCCAUACACCUGCAGGGUAUGCGGCCAGGUGUUCAGUAGAUCCGACCACCUCAGCACUCACCAGAGAACUCACACUGGCGAGAAACCAUACAAGUGUCCUCAGUGUGUUUACGCGGCAUGCAGAAGGGACAUGAUCACAAGGCAUCUCAGGACACACGCGAGGUACGUCGACAGUCAAAAUAACAAAUGUGAGAGUCCCGCUGAUCCUGAGAGCCCUACUUUUGGAUCAUUGUCAUCCUUAUCGACUGUCAAGACAGAAUGACUAAAUUUAAGAGCUCGUGAUAGUGAGAAAAUGCGUUAACUUUCUUCUUCUUCUUCUUCUUUCGAUUUAUUAUUCACUUUUUCUCAUUGUCGCUUAUUGGUGAUUUCAUUGUUUGUCCCAUUGUUUAUACUGGGAUUUAUCAAUUUAAUGUGUUAAUUUACUUAUAUAUAUAUAUAUAUAGAUAUAUAGAUAUGAAUAUAAAUUAAUUAAAUACUAUAUACCCUAUCCUGAAGACUGCCUAUCCUGUGUUCGUCCUCGGCAGGCAGGCGGCCGAACAGUAUUAUCCGUACAAUCCCUCGUUCAUUCAUGAUUCACUUCCUGUUUAUUUUUCUUCUACUAUUUUCUUUAUGAUUUUUUGUUAAUGUUGACUAUUAGUUACUUACUAUUUAUUAUUAUUUAAAAUAAAACACAUCAUCGAACGCAAAAGUUCAUUCCGUUAUCAAACUUGUCGAUGUGCGCUCUCUGUAGUCAUUAUUGUGUUUAAUUUUUUAUCAAAAUUUUUUUAUUUAUUCCCUUGAUUUUUUUUUUACUUAGUAAUUAAUGAGUUUUUUUUUUUUGUAUAUUUUGUAAACGUUUGAGGAGUUUAAAAUAUAAAUUUGUGAGUCGAGACUGAGUCACCUGAGGUUCGUUGUGCUAAAAAUAUAAAAUUAAAAAUGUGCCAAAUUUUUUACAACGGUCAAUUUUUAAAAUCUUCCAUCAGUUUUGUAAUUGUAGAGGUUAAUUAGUAUUUUUAAAUUACGAUUGUUAUUGAUGGUUAUUAAAUAAUAAAAUUAGUAAAGAUAUUUUUAAUUAAAAAUUAAAUUAAAUUAAAAAAAAAGAAAUAGAACCCAGUGGAAAGUUAAGAAAAUAAAUAAAAAGUGAGUUGCCAAUUGACCAUAAUGUUUAAUAGUUUAAUAAGUUUGUUGUUAAUUAAUGUUGUAUAAUGGAUAAUUGUUAGUUUAAAUUAUUAAUUAAAAAUAUUAUUAUUACACUUAUUGAUAAUAAAUAUUUAGAUCGAUUUAUUUGAAAUUAAACAAUUUUUCAGUUAAAAAAAAAUUAUCAACAAAAUUUUAGUUUCUACUAUCGAAUUUGUAGUGUUUCAUUUUUUUUUUUUUAUUAAGUAAUCGAUAAUCAAUACUCAGGGAAGAUAUUAAUUGUCUACCGAUUUCAUACCUUCGAUUAUUAGAACCAAGUUUUUUCUUUUUUCAAAAUUCAAGUAAAAUUUAAAAUGACUUGUUUAGUUGAAUUUGUGAUAAAAUUUCCUCUAAUUUGAGUACCCACAUCGAUACAUUUGAAGAAAGUGAUUGUUAACCAUAAACUCGCGGUUAAUUCGCGGGUAGGUAACGAACGAAUAAAUUAAUUUAAACAUAUCGUUGUUGGUAUUCAUUUUAACGGGAAUUUAAUUUUCUUUAUGAGAAUUAGAUUUUUUUUUCAAAAAAAUGAAAAAAAAAAAAUUUUUUUUCAAAACGGUCAGCAAUUGAUAUAUUCCCGAUACUCAUUUGAUAAUUAAAAUACAAAGUGAUGAAAAAAAGAUAAAAUAUUUAAUUACCCCCUCAACUAUUUCUUCGUGAUAAUAUUGUUAAUCACACGUACUCCCAUAAGUCCUCCGUAAUUGUUAAUAAAAAAAUUAAAUAUGAUCCACUUAUAUGUAUUUUUGUAUAUCGAAUUUUUCUAAUUAAAUCUACCAUUUAAAUAAAAUGAAAUGAUAAUUGUUUAAGACAGCUGAUUAAUAAGUGUAUGUUAACUUAUAUUAAAUUAUAUGAAUUAUAAUUCAUGAAUAAGUUUAAAUAAAAUAAUAAUUAUUAUUAUUAUUAAAAGAAUUAAAAAAAAAAACAAUUUUAAUAAAAUCAGAUUAAAUUACGAGUUGUUGAAUAACUCGUUUAAAAAGACGCUUUGCCAUUUUACUUGCCUGUAGUUUAUUUAAUGAAUCGUUUUUUUUUUUUAUAAACGACGUAGGGAAAAGUUUAAUGAAAAAUAUUGUGAGUGAGUGAUAAUAAAAAGUAUAUUAAAUUUAAAAAUACGUCAAGGUUGUAAUAAUUGCAUGUGACAUUAAUUGCAAGUGCCAGAUUAAUGCAUGAGAUUUAUUAUAUAAAAUAUUAAAUUCUUGUAAUUUUAUAUACAUAUAUAUGUAUAUUUAUAUUUAUCUUAAUCUUUAUAUUUAAAAAAUAAUAAAAAAUACUUAUAGCGCCCUACAAUUACUAAUAAUUAAUAAUUUAAUUAUUGAUUAUUAUUAUUAUUAAGAAAAAAAAACUAUUAAUUACUAGUUAUGUUGUUAAGUAAUUAAUCCUGUUUAAUAUGCUUCUAUUAUUUAUUUUGUUAUCCUUAAACGAUUCCCCAUUUGUUUCCCAUUCCUUACUCCAUUAAACGUAGAUCGAUAUUAUUAUAAAUAUUAUUAUCAUUAUUGUAAUUAUUAUUAUUAUUAUUUUCCCUCAAUUGAAUUGUAAAACUAAACCAUGUGUACGAAUGUGUUAUUUAUUUGACUUUUUUAACUGUAAUGAAAGAAUGGUUUAGAAAAAAAGAGGGAAAAGUUUUCGAUUGUAAGGAUAAACUUUUUUUUUUAUAAAUUAUUUACAAUUUAAUUGUGUACGUUAAUUUAUAAAAUAUGUUGUGUUUAAUGAACGUGCCAGAAUGAACAAAAGGAAAUAUAAUUUUUCAACGAACAUUAUUUUUUUUAUUUAUUUAUUUUUACCUUUAUUUUGUUCCCUGUUUUUAUUUUUAUUUUUAUUUCAAACGUAUGAAAAUGCUUUAUAUAUUUAAUUUAAAAUAUAUGUGAUUAUUAUAGCGGUUCAUAUUACACUAAAUAUAUUACUAAUUACAUAAUUACAAAAUAUAGAGGGGAGAGUGAGGCAAAACGGGCACCUAGGAACAAAAUGGACUUGGAUUUAUAUUACAUAUAAGCCCUCAUUUCUUAAGGGCCCAUUUUGCCCCGGUCUCCCCUAAUUAGUUUCGUCGGAUUAAUAUAUAUUUAUAAAAAAAUUUAUAUAAAUAAAUUUUGGUGUCAUAUUAUUUACACGGGGGAUUCUACGGUUUCCGUGGCAUCGCCAAAUGACUGCGAAUUCAUAUAGAACUCAACAAAAAAAGACUUUUUUGAAAAAUAAAAUAAUUCGAUAUCUCGUUUAGUCUUCGAGAAAAAUGUGAUUUUUUGAAAAAAAGUGAAUCAAAUUUCAUAGAUUUUAAUAUCUUCAUUUUUUUUGUAUUUUUUUUCGAAAACUAAAUUUAAAGAUGAAAAUUUUGAAAAAAUAAAUGUCUGAAUUAGUCCAUUUUCGAAAAAGUUACAGCUAUUUGAAAAAAAGUCUUAUUUCGUCAAGUUCUACAAGAAUUCGCGGUCGUUUGACGGCGCCACGGAAACUGUAGACUUCCCUUUACACGUCAAGAUUUAUUUCAAAAUUUUGGUUUGGACGUUUAAGUAAAAAAUUUCAUUGUUUUGUAAAAACAAAAAAAAAUAUUUGACACUUUAACGGCUGUCCAAUUUCAAAACACAGUAACUGACAAUAAUAAAAUUUUUGAAAUAUAUAUGAAUCAUGUCCACAAGACCCCACUGGAACUAAAAAUACUAAAAUAUGAUUUUGAAAAAUUUGUCUCUAUGUUUUGAAAUUGGGCAGCCGCGAAGUUCAACUUUUAAUUGAUAUAUUUGUACAUGAUUAUUUUGGGAAUCGUAUAUAUUUAUAUAUUUUUCUUUAGUUAAUAUAUCGCUUUUUCAUACGUAAUAAUUAUUUUUUCCGAGUGUACAUAAGCAGGAGUAGUGCCUUGACGUACAAAAAACAAAAAAAAUAAAAUUGAUCCAAAAGAUUAUGAGCUUGUGUUAAAUUGGACAUAUCAAUAAUUAAAAAAUAAAUAUAAAUAAAAGGGAUGACGGUAUAUGAGACUCGAUAAUUAAAUACUCUUUAUUAAAUUAUAAACUCUUGUCCAAUCUGAUUAUCAUAAAUAUAUAAUAAAUGUUUACAUAUUUAAAGUAUCCGCGAAACGAAGUAAAAGUCUUAUAUAAAAUAAAAUAAAAAAUAAAUAUAUGUAAAUAUAGGUUGUCAAAAUGUGAUUAUUUAUGGUAAAUAUGUAAAAAAAAAAAUAAAUAAAUAAACAGUUGCUCAUUCUCCGUAAUAUUGUAAAGUAGUAUUUCCUCGGGUGCAUUUGAAUUAUCCACUGGUAACAUUUCAGGUGCUAAGUAUAUAGAUUUAUCUAGUGCGUAAUCAGUUCUUGCUUUAUCGUUCUUCAUCAUAAUCGAUAUACAUGUAUGCACAUAUUUAUAUCAUAUAUAUAGUGUAUAUACGUGUAUAUUUAUAUUAUAUUUAUAAAGUUAACUACUUGAUAUACGCACUGGAACGUAGAACGGUUUUCUAACCGCAAGAUAGUUAAUAUACUCAAGCUUCCGCUUUCUAUAUCAAAAUAUAACUAAAAAAUCUAUGGUUAAAUAAAAAUAAAUAUCAUAUAUCGAUUCUAAAUUAUUGUGUCGAUAAAUGGAAAUAAUCUAUAAUAUUUUAAUCUUUUCUUUUUCUUACUUCAAGUGCUCCUGCAGGAAAUCAAACUCUAA